AUGCUAGUCCGCUCGCGUCGCUCGCGCUCACCGCGAUCGCCCUCCGCCUCAUCGUCCUUCUUCACCUCGUGGACCGUCGGCUCGCUCAUCACCACGCUCGUGCUCGCCUGGUGCGUCGUCUGCGCCAGCGGCCAAGCGCCGCCUCCCGCCGACGGCGAGGACAUCAUCGGCAUCGACCUCGGCACGACGUACUCUGCGGUGUCUGUCUACAAGAACGGAAAGUUUGAAAUCAUCGCCAACGACAUGGGCAAUCGAGUCACACCCUCCUACGUCGCCUUCACCGACCAAGAGCGACUAGUCGGCGACGCAGCGAAGAACCAGGCGUCGCUCAACCCGACCAACACCCUGUACGACGUCAAGCGGCUGAUCGGACGACUCUUCUCUGACGCUACAGUGACAGCGGAUCGCAAGCUCUGGCCGUUCGAGGUGGUCAAGGCGGCGGCCGGCGGCAAGCCCAGUGUGCUCGUCUCGCAGGGUGAGACCACCAAGUCCUUCGCACCAGAGGAGGUGAGCGCGAUGAUCCUUGGCAAGAUGAAGGAGACGGCAGAGGCGUACCUCGGACACCCAGUGACCAAGGCGGUCGUCACUGUUCCAGCCUACUUCAACGAGGGCCAGCGGCAGGCGACCAAGGAUGCCGGCACCAUUGCUGGUCUUGACGUCGUGAGGAUCCUGAACGAGCCGACAGCGGCGGCGCUCGCGUACGGCCUCGACAAGGACGCCGGCGAGAAGACCAUCCUCGUCUUCGACCUCGGCGGCGGCACGUUCGACGUCUCGCUCCUCGGCAUCGACUCUGGUGUGUUCGAGGUGCUCGCGACGGCCGGCGACACACACCUCGGCGGUGAGGACUUUGACAACCGCGUGAUGAAGCACAUGCUCGGCCUGUUCCAGAAGCGGCACGGCGUGGACGCGUCCGGCGACAAGGCGGCGGUCCAGAAGCUGCGCCGCGAGGUGGAGCGCGCCAAGCGCGAGCUCUCGUCCAAGCACGAGGUCCGGCUCGAGAUCGAGUCUUUCGCAGGCAGCAUCGACUUCUCCGAGACGCUGACGCGAGCGCGCUUCGAGGAGUUGAACUCGGACCUCUUCAAGAAGACCCUCGAGCCAGUCAAGCAGGUCCUCGCGGACACCUCCCUCUCGAAGAGCGAGAUCGACGAGAUUGUCCUCGUCGGCGGGUCGACCCGCAUCCCCAAGGUGCGCUCCAUGCUGAAGGACUUUUUCAACGGCAAGGAGCCCAACACGGGCGUCGAUCCCGACGAGGCGGUCGCGCACGGCGCGGCGGUUCAGGGGUGCAUCCUCAGCCCGCUCUGCGGCGCCGGCAGCCGCAUCAUCGUGCUCGACGCGGCGGCAUGCGCUCUGAUCCCGCGCGGCACCACCAUCCCGACCAAGAAGUCGCAGGUCUUCUCCACCCACCAGGACAACCAGCCCGCGGUGAUGAUCCAGGUCUUCGAGGGCGAGCGCGCGAUGACCAAGGACAACCACGCGCUCGGCAAGUUUGAGCUCUCGGGCAUCGUGCCAGCGCCGCGGGGCGUGCCGCAGAUCGAGGUGAGCUUCGAGAUCGACGCCAAUGGCAUCCUCUCUGUCUCGGCCACGGAUUCGGCGUCGGGCAACACAAACAGCGUGACCGUGACCAAUGAGAAGGGCCGGCUCUCGCAGGCCGAGAUCGAGCAGAUGGUGGAGGAUGCCGAGCGCCACAAGGAGGCGGACCGCGCCGUCAAGGAGCGGGUGGAGGCGCGCAACAAGCUCGAGCACCUCGCUUUCUCCAUCCAGGCGGCGCUGACGGACCCGGACAAGGGCGUCGCCGACAAGGCCGACCCGGCGCUGGUGGCCGAGGUGGAGGCCGCCCUCGAGGAGGUGAAUCUCUGGCUGGACGACCACCAGGACGCCGUGGCUGUCGACUUUGAGGAGAAGGCGAAGGAGCUCAACGCCGCCUGGUCGCCGGUGGCAUCCGCCGCGUACAGCGGCGGUUCCGGCUUCGAGGCGGAGGCGGACCUCGAUGACAUGGAGGAUCUCUGA